AUGGUGUCCUACGUAACUAUCUGGGACCCUCGAAACCCCCAAGGCUCACAGAGCAUAUCUCUCGCGCACCCCAAGGAUCCCACUAACCUCGGCGCAGGCACCACUCCGCCACCAGACGAGGAUGCGAGCUUACCAGUCAAGUACGUGCACUCCACAAUAGACCCGCAGACCAACCUGCCUCUCCCGCACGCGGGCCCGGCGUCCCCGCCUCUACACAUCAAUCCGCCUUUCGACACACAUCGUUUCUACAAAGUGCUGGAGCAAUCAUUCCCCGGCCCUAUCGCUUUAAACCUCAUGCGCGCGACGCGCGCUCUCCUGGUAGAUAGAAUAGGGCGAGUGAAGCGGGACGCGCUGACGACGCAGGACUUGGAAAGCCAAGCGUACUUGUUUCAGGCCGCACUCUCAGAGCUGCGCUCGGAGACUAGCGUCCUGACAAGGAAUGAGACCGCCGCUAUGCGGGCCGCCACUACUGCAGUAAGACGAGAAGUGGACACAAUUGACACACGCAUGAAAGAGGAUCUCGCAACAUUAAAACACGAGAUCCAAAUGGACCUUGAUAACAGGAAAAGCGAGGCGAGAAACGACUUGAAGCGAUUAGACAUCCAGGUCGAAGAAGUACUGAGUAGGGCGCUGAUCACUAUCAGCGAGCUGAAGACGCAAGUGGAAGAGUCGCGCUGGGAGAAGUUGAAGGCGGCAGUCGGUGCAUUGGCCGUGCUUUCCUUUGUUAUUAUAAUCUCCGUCGAGAUCUACGUCGUUGGUCCUUCCAGAGCUGCGAAGAGGCGUGCGGAACAACCGCCUCCCCCGCCAGUGCUUCCUCCGCUUACCCCCAACGAAGGUACCCAGAUCUGGACUGGAACUACAUAACCUAUUACAGAGUAUAGCUUAGCUGGCGUUGGGUUGCUGGAAUUGCGACUGUGAGUCUUGAAAAGAGCAUAGAUCCAAGGCAUCUGUAUUAUAAAUACCCCACACUCCUCACACUCCUUAUUGCGUCUCCUUGAGACAUCACAUCUUAUGAUUACAUAUAUGCACAUCUACUAAUGCUAUCCUAAUAACGCCUCCGAAUACCAAUGAAAGAACGAAGAUCCUCGCAUGUAAUCGUGAUAUCAUACCCAAUUCAGCGCACCUCCAGCUUGUCCAGUUUGUCCGCGAGCCCCUCUGCCGCCGCAUCAUCCCCCUUUUUCGUGUCUGGCGCGACAGCCCAGUUAGGCUUGUUCGCGGUGUGCACGCCCUCCCGGUCGACUGACGGGGCCUCCUUCGUCGCUGUACUUGUGCCCUCUGCUUCACCCUCGUCGUCAUCCUCCUCCCAAUUAUCCUUGACCUUCUCGCUUUCCACCGUCUUCUCCUUCCUCUUCUCUUUGCGUUUUUCGUUCUUCUUCUGCGCCUUAGUCAUGCUCGCCUUCGAUACGGGGACGGCAGCGGCCUUGGGUGGAGGCGCCCAGCCGACGAUAUGACCCUUGGGGAGGGCAUUCGCCUCUGCCUGCGCUUGACGCGUGCCUCGGAAGCGGCGCACGUCUUCUUGUGGAGUGUACCCAGGACGAAUCUUUUUCUCUUUGCGGAUAGAGCCGUCAGGCCUUCGUGAUUCUGGGAUAACGCGCUCGAGCGUGCGGGGAUCUACCGCAAUGCCAGCGGUAGUUGUUUCAGGCACGAUGGCAGGCUUAGACAUGAUGCUACACGCGCAAAGGCAGGCUGAGGCCCUGAUUUGUCUGUAGAGGUAGAGAAGGAGUUUCAGAUGCAAUGAAGAGCACGCAGACAGGCGAGAUAUCAGAAAUUCGAGAGCAA